AUGAGUUUUCCUUAUUUACCAAUAUUACCAUAUGAAUCUCAACUCUUAAUAGAUAAUUGUGAUAUGACUAUUGAAAAUGAUGUAUUAAAUAAAAUCAAUGAAAUCAAUGAAAUAAUCAUAAAGAACAAUUUACAGAAUAUUUUAAUUGAAAAUGUUUUAAAUGAUUAUGAAGGAAGUCGAAUUGAUUUAACAUCAUUAUCAAUUGAAUCAUUAUCAAUACAAGACGUUGAAAAACAAAAUGUUGAUAUUAUCAUUCCUCCACAUUUAAAAUCAUUAAUAAUUAAAAAUUGUAAAGCAUCAAUUGAUAUUUCAAAAUGUCACUUAAAAAAGAUAAUAAUAUCUAAUUAUCAAGGAAAAGUAAUGGAUAUAUAUGAUGAUAAAUUAGAAGUAUUUCAAAAUAAUUCCAAUGAAGAAGUAACAUGGUAUCAUAACAAUACAUUACUUAAGAAAAAUGAAAUUUAUUUAGAUACAAAUAAAAUUACUUCAUUCAAAUUACCUCAUUUCUUUAUAUUCACAAAUAUUCUAACUAACGAUGUUGAUAAAUUUAAAACAUUCAUUUUUUAA